AUUAUUAUAUAUAUUAAUAUAUAGACUCUAGAAUCUAAUCUAUGACUACGACCUAUUAUUAGAGAUUUUCUGUUUACAUUUUAUAUACAAAAGGUCUUGGUGUAGUAUUACUUUAAAACAAAAGCAAUGGCAGAUGUUACAAAUGUGUUUAAAGCUACAGUUAAAGCUUUGAAGUCAAGAAAUAAAUUUAUUAAUGAGGACUUAAAUAAUGAAGAUUUGUCCAAAAACAUUUUAGCUUUGGGUAAAAGAUAUGAAAGUGAAUUUCAGCAUAAAGCCAAAAAUUUGGUUCAGAUGAUCACACACUUAAGAGACUUUCUUCUAGAAAAUAGGAAAAAAUAUGUUAAUACUGGAAGUUUGCUGUCAAGUACUGGAGAUGAAAUGUCAGAGUCUGAAAGAGAUUUGAUUGACAACAAUGCUCAAGACAUCAUAAAAAAAUGUAAAGAAAUGAUCAUUUUAUUAAAAUUAGAAACAGAUAAACAAAAGGUUCAUCCGCAAGUUAAAGAGCACCGUCAGGCUGUGUUGAUUCUUCUUGAAACUUAUCUUAAAGCAAUAUGUAAAAUUUACAGUGAACAGAAGGCUGUGAGAGUCAAAAGAGUUGUAGAUAGAAAAAGAAUAUCCAAGCUAGAACCCGAAAGGAAGUAUAAUAAUCUGAGACGCACUCAAUUGAAACAAGAUUUAAAUCUCAAUCAGAGAAUACCCAAUGGGGAGGACAAACCUUUAUUAGAUACUGAAUCACAUGAUACACACAAUAAAAACUCAGUCAAUCCUGCUUUACUUGAAACAACACCUUACAAUGUUGAUACUGAGAUCUCCCCAGAGGAAGCUCAAAUUUUUGAACAAGAGAAUAAAAUUCUUUACGAAGAAAUGAACAGCAUGAUGGAUGAAGUAAAACAAAUUGAAACACAAGUUGUGGAAAUAGCAAAAUUGCAGGAAAUAUUUACAGAAAAAAUAUUGGAACAGGAUGUUCAAAUUAAUGCUAUUGCUAACACAGUGGUAGGAACUACUGAGAACAUUAAGGAUGCAAAUGAAGAAAUUAGAGAAGCUAUCAAGAAAAAGGCAGAGUUUAGAGUCUAUAUUUUGUUUUUCCUUGUAGUGUGUUCUCUUUCACUCUUGUUUUUGGACUGGUACAAUAAUUAAUAUUACAUUUAUAGUAUUGACAGAUAUGUUUGCUUGAUCUGCAUUGGAUGUAUGAAAUAUUUCCCUAAACUGGUAUUGUAUCAGAAUGUUUAAUUAUCUAAAUGUUAAAAAAAUAAAAACAGGAAUUUACAAAAGCAUGUAAAAGUACAAAUAUUUCUUAAUCUGCUAAUGGCACAAAGAUUUUUCAAAUUCAUUCGGUAUUGUCAAUCCUUAACAUAAAUAGGGGGUAACAUUUAAAACAAGUAUAUUAUUUAAAAUCACAGUGUAAUAAUUAAGUAUGUUUAAUGGUUAAUUUUUUUUAAUGCCUGAAAAGAUGCUAUCCAUUUAAAAAAUAAUGAACAGAAACUUCUUAAACUAUAUGCAUCAUCAACAUGUCUGCAAAGUCCUGGUUGUGGAAUAGAUUUUGCUAAAAAAAAUAAAAUAAGACAAUUUUUAUUCUAUUUAAUAAUAAACAAUGUUAAAUUUGUCUCUUAUUGUACAUUUUAAAUCUAAGACUAAAAGUAACUUAUAGAACAUAUUUAUCAGUAGUUUAAAGGCAGAGUACUGACUAAUAAAGGAAUCUAUUAUUUUAUUAUAAAAGUCAACAGGUGUGAAUAGUAAAACUGUGUGUGUGUGUGUUUUCUUCUUAAAUCAAGCUCAUUAAAAGGUUCCAGGGUUUUCUCCUUAUAUUACUUUCUUUGUUAACCUUCAAUUCUUUGUGAUAUUUUCAUUUUUUACAUUGUUUGAUUGUACAAUGUCUUAGAUAUUGAGUAAAGGGGAAAUAAAACAAAAUAAUAUUUUUUUUAUCUAGUCUGUAAAAUAGAUAUUUUAAUGUUUUUUCAUUCAUUCAAAUGAUACAGAUAUUGUUGUCUUGAAAUCUAUUUAUGAUUUGUUUUUACAUCAUCAUAGAUAUCUUCUCAUAUCUUUGAGUUUAUGUAUUAACAUGAAUGCUAUUAAAUUCUUCAUGAAUGGC